AUGUCGAUGAAUAAUCACACGGCUGUUCUUGAAGGUCUCGGAGAAUCCAAAUACUGGAAGCAGGAAAUUCGAGCACAAAUCCAACAGUCCAUUCAAGAAUUCUCAGAUGGGUGUGGCGAUGCUAUAAAGGACUUAUCCCAUAGAGGAAUUGUCGGUCCAAGUCGAUUGGAUGUUCGUCCGAAUAUGGACAUCAUCAUUUUUGAUGUCUCGGAGAACGAAAGGGACCAACGCUCAUUUGAAUAUGUCUUUUCCAAUUACCUGGCCACUACGCAUCAACAGCAGAUCCUCGGAGGACUCUACAGUCCUUGGUCUGCUCUGAUACCACGGAGCCAAGGAUGGGUCAUUGACCAUCAUUCUUCAUCGAACCAAAGCGAGCAGACCAGGACGGUGCAAUUCAUCUCCAUUUUCAGUUGCGAAACGGAAGGGGCUCGAGAAGAGUGGUCCAGAGACUUCGCCCAACGAGCUCAAACCGAGUAUGAUCUUUUGGGUCAUAUUGUUGAUUGGCUGCGGACUUUAUGCAAGCAUAUCACUAUUCAGCAUCUGGUCUUGCAAAAACAAGAUUUCUUGGAUGAUCGCAGACAAGUUGGACAAAGCGAGGCGCCCGCCAUCGCCAGUCCCACCGUCUAUUUUUGA